AUGACUGCUGGUCCUAAAACACUAUACGACAAAGUUUUCGAGAACCACGUUGUCCACCGGGAUGAAAGCGGUUCCUGUUUAUUGUACAUUGACAGGCAUCUAGUCCAUGAAGUCACAUCCCCACAAGCGUUUGAGGGUUUGUCGAAUGCUGGUAGACCAGUUAGAAGACCUGAUUGUACCUUGGCCACGGUUGACCACAACAUCCCCACAGAAUCCAGAAAGGACUUCAAGUCUCUAGACACUUUCAUUAAACAAGCCGAUUCUCGUCUACAAGUCAAGACUUUAGAGAAGAAUGUCCAAGACUUUGGUGUGCCAUACUUCGGUAUGACCUCUGACAGACAAGGUAUUGUGCACACGAUUGGGCCAGAGCAAGGUUUUACGCUACCCGGUACUACCGUUGUUUGCGGUGACUCGCACACCUCAACACACGGUGCCUUUGGUGCUUUGGCUUUUGGUAUUGGUACUUCGGAGGUCGAGCAUGUCUUGGCUACUCAAACUAUUAUCCAAAGCAAAUCUAAGAACAUGCUGAUCCAGGUCAAUGGGAAAUUAUCCCCUGGUGUAACCUCCAAAGAUUUGAUCCUGCACAUUAUCGGUAAAAUUGGUACCGCCGGUGGUACUGGUUCAGUCAUGGAAUUCGCUGGUGAGGCGAUCGAAGCUUUGUCCAUGGAAGCUCGUAUGUCCAUGUGUAACAUGUCUAUCGAAGCUGGUGCCAGAGCCGGUAUGAUCAAGCCAGACGAAACCACAUUUGAAUAUGUAAAGGGUAGACCACUAAGCCCUACUGGUGCCGAAUGGGAAAAAGCCGUCGCUUACUGGAAGACUUUGAACAGUGAUGUCGGCGCCCACUUUGACGAAAUUGUCACCAUCGAGGCCAAGGAUAUCAUUCCUACAAUUACAUGGGGUACCUCGCCUCAGGAUGCUCUUCCAAUCGAUGCGUGCACCCCAGAUCCCUCCAAGGUUUCUGACCCAAUCAGAAAGUCUGGUAUGGAGAGAGCGUUACAAUAUAUUGGUUUGGAGCCAAACACUCCACUAGAAUCUGUCAAGAUCGACAAAGUGUUCAUUGGGUCCUGUACAAACGGGCGUAUCGAAGAUUUGAGGAAUGCCGCUGCUGUGGUGAAGGGCUAUCACUUGGCGGACAACGUUAAACUGGCACUGGUUGUCCCAGGUUCCGGUCUGGUUAAGAAACAGGCUGAAAGAGAAGGUUUGGACAAAAUAUUCGAGGCUGCUGGCUUCUCUUGGAGAGAAGCUGGUUGUUCCAUGUGUUUAGGUAUGAACCCAGAUAUUUUGGACCCAUACGAGCGUUGUGCGUCUACCUCUAACAGAAACUUCGAGGGUCGUCAAGGUGCUCUCUCCAGAACGCACUUGAUGUCGCCCGCUAUGGCUGCUGCCGCCGGUAUCCAUGGUCAUUUCAUUGACAUCAGAAAGCACCAGUACAAGAACAGCGACGAAGCAAAGAUAACGAUUUCUUCAGACGAGCUUCUAGUGCAAAGUGGGUCUGUUGACAAUAACCCAGCCGCGAAGGCCCUUUCAUCCGCCGGUAAAUCUGCCGCAGCUAAACCUACAGCCAAAUCUGCAUCCGCGCCUUCGUCAUCUCCUGCCAAGGGCAAUGCCGGUAUGGAUCCAUUCCUAACCCUGGAAGGUAUUGCUGCUCCAUUGGACAAGGCCAAUGUCGACACCGACGCUAUCAUCCCAAAGCAGUUUUUGAAGACCAUCAAAAGGACUGGGUUGAAAUCGGGUCUUUUCUACGAGUGGCGUUUCACCAAGGAUGCGGAGGGCAAGGACCAACCUACCGAUUUCGUUUUGAACGUGGAACCAUACACCAGUGCUGAGAUCUUGGUUGUUACCGGUGACAAUUUUGGUUGUGGUUCGUCCAGAGAGCACGCUCCAUGGGCUUUGAAAGAUUUCGGAAUAAAAUCUAUCAUUGCGCCAUCGUUCGGUGAUAUUUUCUACAACAACUCCUUCAAGAACGGUAUCCUUCCUAUCAGGGUGAACCAACAGGUGAUUUUGGAGAAACUGAUUCCAAUAUCGGAUAAAGGUGGGAAACUCGUUGUCGACUUGCCCAACCAGCAGAUCAGAGACCAUGAGGGCAAUGUCCUUGUCGAACACUUCGACGUGGAGCCCUUCAGAAAGCACUGUCUUGUCAACGGGUUGGACGAUAUCGGUAUCACCAUGCAAAAGGAACAGUUCAUCAAGGAAUACGAGACUUUGAGAAGAGACGCGUACUCCUUCUUUGAAGGUGGUUCUGCGCUACUAAAGUUCGAUACCGUGCCAGUUCAGAAACCUGUCUCCACUGCAGAUGUAAUGCACCAAGAUUGGUAA